UGACAAUUUUCUUUUUUGGGUAUUUAUCUAUGUCUUACUAAAAGCAAAUAAAAAUUAAUUUCUCAUCUUAUCUCCAAACUGGUUCCUGUUUGUGUGGGGAUUUGGUGAACUCUGGGAAAAAGAAAAAGCGAAAAUGGGAGAAGGGGGCGAGAAAGCAGUGAGUAGAAAACUUCCGGUGAAUAAACAGGCGAACAUAAUGACAGCCACUGGUGACGAAAAUCUCAAGGACAUUUUCCACACUAUCAGAACAACUAAAACUCCGGCUGUAAUCAAUUAUGGAGCUUGUUGGUGCCGCGUCUGCAAUCAGAUCCUUCCUACAUUUUGGGAGCUAAGCAAAAAGUUCCCAAAACUCUCUUUCGUAUACGCUGAUAUUGAUGAAUGCCCAGAGACAACACAGAACAUUCGAUACACACCAACUUUUCAUUUCUACAGAGAUGGUGAGAGAGUUGAUGAGAUGUUUGGAGGAGGAGAUGAGCGUUUGCAUGACCGUCUGUGGUUGCAUUCGUAGAUGUUGAAUUUGCUUUCAAUACCAAACUUUUGAAUGACAGAUGACAUAACUUCUAUCAUAUUUCCAGGUUUACCAUGAACAUGAAUUGUGUUUUGCAUA